CUGAAUGUCCCCAGGUGUCCUGGAUGUGGAAGCUCCGGGGACUGAAAAAGGGGGUGGCAUGAAGCUGGAGAGGGUUGAAGGUGGUUGGUUCGGUUUGCACGUGCGUGCGUGCGUGCAAAACCCCAGGGGGAGAGGCAGUGCAUAGCGAGCAAGCCGAGAGUUUAUCCAGCAAGGUAAGCGGGAGGCGUGCGCUGCACCAAAAUGAACCCCAGCCUUGAGAUGUCUUUGGUGACUCGACCCGCGUCAGGCGGCUUCUCCGCUGCGCCUGGAAUUUUUAAUUUUUUAAACGAAAUUUAAUUGGACUUCCUUCUCUGCCGGAGAAGAUUCAGCUCCUGUUGUUUUUUUCCCAAGACUUCAGAUUGUUCCAAGGUGAGGCAAUGGGUAGCCCUGAAGAUGAUUUGAUUGGCAUACCUUUUCCUGAACACAGCAGUGAAUUACUGGGUCGUCUGAAUGAGCAGCGCCGGCGAGGAAUGCUGUGUGACGUCACCCUCCGGGCCCAGGGCUCUGAGUAUCAGAGUCACCGGGCAGUCUUGGCUGCCUGCAGCCGCUACUUCCAGAGGCUUUUCGCCGGGCCCAGCAUGGCGGUGUGCGAGCUGGAUUUUGUGGGCGCUGAUGCUCUGGGGGCCCUACUGGACUUUGCAUACACCGCCACCCUGACCAUCAGCACGGGCAGCCUCUGCGAGGUGUUGCGUGCCGCGCGCCUCCUGGAGAUCCCAUGUGUCAUCGCGGCCUGCCUGGAAAUCCUGCAAGGGAACGGUUUGGAAGCUCCCGUGCCGGAUGAUGCUGCUCGGGAGCGGGCCCGGCGUUACUUGGAAGCCUUUGGCACCCUGCCCAAUGUGGAAGGCGAUCUGGCUGAGCCCCCAGCCUGCCCAGCUCCCCGUCGUAGCAAAAAACCUCGCAAGUUUCUACAGACCAAAGGCUCCCGGCUAAACAACCACAUCGCUGAGCUAUCCCCUUCGCUGUCUCCCUCAUCAACAGGGACUCAGGAGCGCCCCAGCCCUCCCAGCCAGGCCUCGCCAGCUCCAGCUUUGGGCCACCCCCGCGAGGAGGAGGAGGAGGUCAUGGCACCGUCUCGUACCUUCCCAUUCCCAUACGCUCACGGUCUCUCCCCAGAAGACCUGGGUUCAGACGACGAGCCCAUUGAACACGACAUCCUGACCUACAUGCGCCAACUAAACCAGGAUGGGCUGUCUGUGGGUCUCGAUCCCCCAGACAAGUUGGUACGCAAACGCCGCUCACAGAUGCCCCAGGAGUGUCCUGUCUGUCACAAGGUCAUCCAUGGGGCAGGGAAGCUACCUCGCCAUAUGCGAACCCACACCGGGGAGAAGCCAUUCGCCUGUGAGGUGUGCGGCGUCCGUUUUACCCGGAAUGACAAGCUGAAGAUCCACAUGCGCAAACACACUGGUGAGCGUCCCUAUUCCUGCCCCCACUGCUCAGCGCGCUUCCUGCACAGCUACGAUCUGAAAAACCACCUCCACUUGCACACGGGCGCCCGUCCCUACGAGUGCUGCCUUUGCCACAAGGCCUUUGCCAAGGAUGACCACCUCCAGCGCCACCUGAAAGGUCAGAACUGUCUGGAAGUGCGGACCAGGCGCCGACGGCGGGGUCCAGAUCAGGAGCCCGAGUCCCUGGCACCCGCCGGGAUACCCGUGUCCUCCGCUCACCUUGGCUUGGCCAAUGGGCGGAUGGAGGAGCUGCGCCACUACUGGGCUCCUGGGGGGGCCACAAUGUCCCCUGCCCCCAAAGAGGAAGACGAGGAGGAAGAAGAGGGGGCCGAAGAGGGGGUGCAGAAGGAUGGCCCCACAGCAGCAGCUGAAAUGGCGUAGGCUUCCUUGGACAGCUACCAUGUCAGGACUCGCCGAUGCACUAUUUUUUUUAUCCUCUCCGCUGUGCCGUCACAGGGGAGAUGAUAGAAUGUUCCCCGGCCAAUGGCACGGAGACAAGAUGCACUAGGACCCGCCUUCCCCACUCUCUGAUUCCGUGCCUUAAGCAGACUAUAAAGCCAAGGGGUGGGGGUCAAGUGGAUGGGAGGGGUGGAUGGGGGGGCACACCAAAGACAGAUUGGUGUAUGUUUGCUCAGGGUGUCAAAAAUAAGCAGAUAAGGGUGAAGCUGUUUGGAGGAGGGGGUGCAGUUGAUUUUGCUUCCCCACAGACAAAAGGGAUAUGGCAGGGGGAGGCAGCACUCAGGGGAGCCUAUAUUUGGGGGCAUUGGCCCAGGUUAGGGAGGGAUAGAGUGAGAACUGGGGCAGCCUCUUCUUUCCCUUCUCUGUUAUCGUAAGGAUGUGGUUUUGACCCGUUUUAGGAUCGGGGAGGGAGAAGAGCAGCAAACCUGGCUCCUCUUCCUGUUGAGAGUGCAGAAAUUUAAUUCUAACACAAAUUAUACCAAAUUUUCUUGCCCAGACACCUGGCAUCCAUUUGGACUGCAUGUCAGGGCUCGGUUCCUGCAUUUGGGUUUUUUUUU